CUCAUUUUCUCAAUGAAAUUUGCAUAACAUCAAAAUGGUUCUCUCUUCCAAUAUAUCUGCCCCUGUCUCGAUGGGCUUGGUCCUCGUCGUGGCCAUUGCAUUUGCAGUCGGUCAUCAUGCCUUUUACCAGGACCUGAAUGGCCAAGUCGUGCACGACUCUGGAUCGCCGAUUGCUCGAAAACUAUCCCUCGACGUGUCUGACCAGCAGGUAAAUGUGUCUAUCGGCACCUUCUUCGCCUUCCUGGUCAAGUCAUUCCUCGGGGUAGCUGUGUCGACCGUCUUCGACCAGUUCGCAUGGCGACAACUUAUCAAAGCGCCAUCCACUAGAAUCGGCGUGAUUGAUGACUUCUUCUCCGCUCUCCGAAAUGGCUUCCAGAUGGCCAAUUUCAAUCUUUGGUGCCAUUAUCCUCUCGGCAUGCUGUUGGCCACCAUCAUCUGGCUCCUCCCGGUGGCGUCGGUGAUAACACCCGCUACUUUAAACGUGCAGCUGGCGCCGUUCUCGAUUUCCUCGCUACUUCGCGUCCCUCGAGUCGACUUUAGCAGCAUCAACUUUGUCAAUCUGGAUUCUGAUUUCGAUCCCUAUACGGGGACUGGCACGCUCGACAUUUCGUAUAGUGGCCCCAUGCCCGAGGUGCAGAAAGUGGUCACCAGUGCCGCCAUGCAGGGGUCUAUACUGAACAUACAGCCGCCAUCAGCCAACUCCUCAUGGAUGCUGCGCUUUCACGGACCGGCGUUAAAAUGCGCCAUUGUGAAUAGCACCCUGCAUGCGGCUAUUGUACAGGAAGUACAGUCGAUGAUCAACAAGAUGAAUGAGCAGCAUAUGAUAGACGAUGUAGGGACGUAUUCAAUCGAGUUCCUCUCAUGGACGCCAUCCAACAGUUCGAUCAGCGGAUCCUUGCCAUUCUUGAAUCGUGCGAACCCUAGUUCAGGAUCUUCUGAUUCGGAACAUCUGGGGCCGAAAUCAGACGACCUUAUCGACUUGCGAACCCCAGAUAAAGAUACUAACCUUCGCCAGGAUCCACUGUCUAUUUUCCUCGCUGCUUUCCCACAGAUGUCAAGACCGGAGAAUGGAACCAUUAAGCCAGUAGCAACUGCAACGGAAGGCGCAACAAUUCUGCAGUGCACUCUGUACAAUGCGACUUACUCGCCGAAUUUCACAUAUGUCAAUGGCGAACAGAGGGUGGAAAUGCCUACUCCACAACUUCUCAAUGGAGUCGUAUAUAUAAACGGGGUCGAAAUCACCGCUCAAGGAGGGGUGCCUUCAUACGAUGCAACCAUGCAACAAGCAAAGUCAUAUCAGCACUUGUUCGAGGGAUUCACAUAUCAGUCUGUGAUGGAGUCAUUUGGGCAACUGUUAGUCGGUGGUAUCGCCGUAUUAUUCCAGGAAAGGAACUAUGAAGAUACUUAUGGGCCGCAAAACUCAACUACCACUUCGUCGAUGACCACUGGUAGUACGAACGUCAUGUCGACAAAGUUGGGAGAUACAAAAGAACUAGCCGGCGUCAGGGGCAUCACGAGUAAGAGGAAUGUGUUGAAUUCCUUCCAGAACAGCUGGCAGGAACAUUCAGUGAGUCAGUUGGGAGGAAAAACAUCGACUUCAUUUGCGGACAUCGUCGAGGAGAUGUCCCACAACAUCACCAUUUCCCUGAUGAGUUCAGCUCUCUUCCAACCAAACUACACCGUUCCCUCCUCACCCCCAAACACAUCCGUCAUAGUAACAAUCUAUCGCAACGUCUACACCUACUCGCAAUCCAUCCUGUGGACAGCCUAUGGCAUCGCGAUCGGAGUCACACUGUCCAGCAUCUGCCUGGGCGUGUUCGCCUAUUUUUCGAAUCACGGGUCAUAUACGAUGAAGUUCUCCACAAUCCUGCGAGCGACAAAAUAUGCACUGCUUUCUGCGGAGCCGGAUGAGAGGGAUUGUAAUGGGAUGGAUCCGUUGCCGUGGCGUAUUGCUAAGACGGAGAUAUCGUUUACGAGGAAGGCGGAGGUGGAGUAAGUAUCAGAGGAACAUACUGAAGAGAUGCAAAUGGCGGAAGAGAGAGGCUAGUGUGAUGUCUCGACCCAGCACCGAGGUUGAUCCUAGACAUUCUAAACAAUCCAGUGUAUCUAGAUAGAUCAGUCUUAUAGCCUAUAUACCACCGGAAGCAUCACCCGACAGACAAUGCAGUACAACCACCACGGAAAAGAAUCCGUCACCUUGCAUUCAUU